GUUCCUUUUGGUUUGGUACAAAGUGAGGGAGGAAAAAAGUUCAAAACUAGAGAAGGUGAGACAGUCAAAUUAAAAGACCUUUUGCAAGAAGCGGUUCGUAGAGCAGAAGAGGAUUUCAGAAACCGUUUACAAGCUGAAGGAAGAGAAGAAAGUGAAGAGUAUAUAAAGAGAGUAGCACAUGUCAUUGGUAUUGGAGCAAUCAAGUAUGCAGAUUUGAAGAACAAUAGAACUUCCAAUUAUCAGUUUUCAUAUACCAAAAUGUUAUCCCUUCAAGGUAAUACUGCACCUUAUAUGUUGUAUGCCUUUGCAAGGAUACAAGGAAUCUAUCGCAAGGGAGAUUUAGACCUGAGUGAUGGACAGUCAGAAAGUAUACAAUUCAUUUUGGAUGAUCCUACCGAAUUGUCUCUUGCUAAAAUGUUGCUUCAGUUGGAAGAAAUGUUGUAUUUACUAGAAAGGGAUCUGAAGCCUAAUAUCCUCUGCGAUUAUAUGUUUGAACUAAGUCAACGCUUCAACCAAUUUUAUGAAACUUGUCCUGUUCUAAAGGCAGAAUCUUUACAAAGAAAAACCUCACGUUUGGCUUUGUGCAAAUUGACGGCAAACACUCUCCAGCUUUGUUUACAUUUGCUUGGAAUCCCUACUCUAGAAAGAAUAUAAACAAAAUAAAUAUAUGAAUCAAGCA